UCUUAAAUUUUACAGUUUUGUUUUCCGAAGUCGGAGGUGCACGGACGGGCGGUUAGUGGGGUGUGCAUGCUGCUUAGUUCACUGUAAUAUUGAGUGUAUUUUGAAAAAAUCACUCAAAAUACUUCAUUCUAAUUAAAUAAUUGUAUGAAUAGUUAAAGUAUUAAAACUACAGGUAGGGUCCACAUUUUAUUUUUCAUGCAAUUUUGUCGUUAGAAUGUGUGAUUAAAAGUGCAUCUUUAAAAUUGCUCUUUGAACUUCCGUACGGUACUCUCGGAAACCACAAGUGAUUUUAUUACCCUAAAGAAACGUCCGUUUACGACUAAGAUGGGUUUUUGCAAGACUGCAGCGACUUUUGCAAUCAACAGUGGAAGAGCUGGCAUAAGAAAUAAUGGGAAUCUUCGUCUUCGCCCGCUGUUGUCAUGCGCGCCGGUCAUGAUGGUGUGCGGAGAAAGGAAUGCGCAUACGCAGGAUCUUACCAAGAACAUUCAGUACAUCAGCAACGACAAGGUCAAGCUCACCACGGAUCCGAAGACAAUGAAACUCGACAAGCAGCUUAACCGUCCAAUGUGCGUGAUGAUUAACUGGUUGUUGGCGAGACAGAAGCACGUGAUGAAGUAUGCCAAUCUCUACUUGGAGCAGGGAUUUGAUGUCAUCUCCGUAUCAUGUACCCCCUGGCAACUCAUGUGGCCACAAAAGGGCACGCAAUUGGUGUCUGGUGAUCUCCUGCGAUUCAUGCAGGCGAACGAGAAUGAUCAGCCACUUGUGGUGCACGGAUUUUCAGUGGGUGGUUACCUCUGGGGCGAGCUGUGCGUGCACGUGAUGAAAAAUAAGGAAUUAUACCAGCCGGUCCUGGACCGAGUUUCUGCUCAAGUAUGGGAUUCGGCUGCUGACAUAACAGAGAUCACCAUCGGAGUACCGGCGGCCGUCUUCCCCAAGAACAAGAUCAUGCAGAAGACGCUCAAGGCGUAUAUGGAAUAUCACCUGAAAACGUUCCACGAUGCCGCCACAGUGCAUUACAUCCGUUCAUCGCAGUUGUUCCACACCAACCUUUGUCACGCGCCCGCGUUGUUCCUACUGUCGGCGAGUGAUACUGUGGGAGCCGAGAGAAGCAACAGAGCCGUGUAUGAAAGCUGGGUCAAAAUGGGCAUGAAGUGUACAUGGAACUGCUGGGAUCGAUCACCCCACGUACAGCAUUUCAACAAACAUCGCGACGAGUACGUGACUCUUUUACGUGCGCAUCUACGCGAACACGUCCCAACCGCUAAUCGAGAACAAAAUCGCGCGAUGGUUUAAAUAGUUCCGCAAUACCUUUUCCGACGUAGAUAAUAAACUGGGUGUGUAAUAUUUUAACGUAUUUACCCGAAUUAAUAUUACAUAAUAAUUAAUAAUUACGUACUCCGAGCUUGACUCGCAGUACGUAAUAAUUAUAAAAGGAAUUAAAAUCAGAGUAUAGGGGAGCCGCAAAACUAAGUCGAGUUGUAUAAUUAUAAAAACUACUCAGUUUAUUAUCUACAAUUAAAAUGCCUUAUAAGCACUUAGUAUUUACCAGGGUUUAGAAUUUAUAUAAAUGUUAAUUUUUAUACAAAUAGCGAAUACGUCUGGAUAUAUCUGAACUCUGCAUUAAAUAUAAUUUUUAUAUAACUCUAGAUUUUAUCUCAUAUGUUAAGUAGUAGAGCCAAAUAAAUUUAUGGUGAUUAUAUAACGGGUGAGAAAAAAAAUCGACUGAUUGGUAGUAUUAGUUAAUUGUAGCGUGAAUUAUUGAUAAAGUGGUAAAAUUGGCAGAUUAAAGCGUUUGUAUUUUCUGUUCCAGUAGAAUUUUAGACUUAUAUUUAAUCUAUGGCUAUAUUUUGGUAAUCCUUAAGAUUUUAUACUGUACAAUGUUUAUUAUCAUUUGUUUGCGUCAUUUAAAAAAAUUGCAUAGACCAAAAAUUGCACAGAAUUUAUAUACAUAUUUAUAAGCGAUUGACGUAGAGUUUUGUAGUGUCUGUCAAAUUCACAACUGAUUGGCAAAUGUCAAAAUUUAAAAUCUUAUAAAAUUGAGGAUUGCAAAGAUAAAUAUGGCAUUUUAUUAAAUUCUAUUGGAAUGAAGUAAAGUUUGUCGCCCUAAUUUUAUAUGAUAACAGGGUUUUAAGUAUUUUACAAAAAUAAUUUAAAUUAAAACUGUUUUAAUGAAUUUUUGUAUACGUUAUUUACUCAAGCACCAUAUUUUUCGUGAACCUAUUUUCAUGUUGUCAAAUAUCAAUUCUCGUAUUAACGUGGUGUAUCUUUUAGAAUUUAAGAGCGAUGUUUUUAUAAUAAAGUAUUUGUAGAAAGUGUU